AUGCGGCGCUUCACGAAGGUCCCCUUUGCUGCGUUUGCAGCAACGGCGCCACUGCGCACUCUGUACAGUGCGCUUGUGGAGGACCACUACAACAACCCGCGCAACGUGGGCAAACUCGACAAGACCGAUCCUAACGUUGGCACUGGCCUCCGAGGCGCCCCCGAGUGUGGCGACAUGACGCAGAUGCAGAUGAAAGUGAACCCGGACACAAUGGUCAUUGAGGAUGUGAAAUUCAAGGCGUUCGGCUGCGGCAGCGCCAUCGCAGCGUCAUCGUACGCGUCGCAGGCGAUCCGGGGAAAAACGCUGGCGGAGGCACUGGAGCUCACCAACAGGAAGAUCGCACAGGAGCUCUCGCUUCCGCCUGUCAAGCUGCACUGUUCAAUGUUGGCGCAGGAGACGAUUCACGCGGCGGUGGAUAACUACCUGUCAAAGAACCCCUCCCUCAAGUCGAAGGUACAGAAGAGCAAAGCCCCAGCUGUGGAGACGAGUAGCCAUUAA